GUUUGGAGGAUGACGAAGAAGAAAAGAAACAACAGAGCUGAAAAGGAAAACCCAUUUGCUCGGUUCCCUUACUUUUCCCGAGAUUCGCGUCAUCCGAAAAAUCGCUCAUUCUCUCUCUUCUGCUUUUCAAUAAAUACCCAUUAUUGAUCUCUUUCUUCUUCUUCUUCUUUCUCGCGCACAACUGGGUUGCUCUUAGACUCGUUAUCGGCCAGUGGGGUUGCGUAGAAAAUGGUGGCCGAUAGCAAGUCUAAGUCCGACAUUUCCUUCGCCGGAACUUUCGCCAGCAGCGCUUUCGCAGCUUGUGUCGCUGAGAUUUGUACUAUUCCUUUGGACACUGCUAAAGUUAGGCUUCAGCUCCAAAAGAAGGCCAUUGCAGGGGAUGGAGUGGCCUUACCAAAAUACAGGGGUUUGCUGGGCACAGUGGGUACCAUUGCGAGGGAAGAAGGUCUAUCAGCUCUGUGGAAAGGAAUUGUACCUGGAUUACAUCGCCAAUGCCUGUUUGGAGGUUUAAGAAUUGGAUUGUAUGAACCUGUUAAAAACUUAUAUGUGGGCAAAGACUUUGUUGGAGAUGUUCCUUUAUCCAAGAAAAUACUUGCUGGACUUACAACUGGCGCUCUAGCAAUCACCAUAGCAAAUCCAACUGAUCUUGUCAAAGUGAGACUUCAAGCCGAAGGAAAACUACCACCUGGUGUGCCAAGACGCUACAGUGGAGCUCUGAAUGCUUAUUCGACAAUUGUGAGACAGGAAGGAGUUGGGGCUCUUUGGACUGGCAUUGGGCCCAAUAUAGCACGAAAUGCUAUUAUAAAUGCUGCUGAACUAGCCAGCUACGAUCAAGUGAAGCAGACAAUUCUGAAAAUUCCAGGAUUCACGGAUAAUGUUCUCACUCAUCUCCUUUCUGGUCUCGGGGCAGGGUUUUUUGCCGUCUGUAUUGGCUCCCCAGUUGAUGUGGUUAAGUCAAGAAUGAUGGGAGAUUCUGCUUACAAAAGCACGCUUGAUUGUUUCAUCAAAACAUUGAAGAAUGAUGGACCUUUGGCUUUUUACAAGGGCUUUAUCCCAAAUUUUGGACGGCUGGGAUCGUGGAAUGUCAUCAUGUUUCUCACAUUAGAGCAGGCUAAGAAGUUUGUCAAAAGUAUAGAAUCAUCUUGAGAACAAAAAAUUAGACUCGAACGUAGAGCGUAGAGCGUGUGGAUUUUGCAAGUCGAUUGCAUCUGCGGCCAAUUGAAGUUUUUUUCUUUUCUUUGAAAAUAAUAAAGUUCUUGUUUUUCAAUUUUCACUGUUCGUUUCAUUUUGCUAACUGAGAUGGAGAAUCCUGCAAGAGGAACUCCUCGAAGGUCUUUAGAAACUUACAAGCUUUAAAGUAGCAAUAAGUCAUUUUUCUGGACAUGUUACUUCACUGUCAUUCCUAUUGAUGCAUUGUAAUCAUUGAUUCUCCCUUUUUUUCUUUCU